AUGCAGGAGCCGCUGCUGGGAGCCGAGGGCCCGGACUACGACACCUUCCCCGAGAAGCCGCCACCGUCGCCGGGGGUCAGGACGCGCGACGGAGCCCUGCAGAACAAAAGGUUGUUCCUGGCCACCUUCGCUGCCGUGCUGGGCAACUUCAGCUUUGGGUAUGCCCUGGUCUACACGUCCCCAGUUAUCCCAGCCCUGGAGAACUCUUCAGAUCCGGACCUGCAUCUGACAAAAACCCAGGCAUCCUGGUUUGGGUCCGUGUUCACCUUGGGAGCAGCAGCUGGGGGCCUCAGUGCCAUGGUCCUCAAUGACCUCCUGGGCAGGAAGCUCAGCAUCAUGUUUUCAGCUGUGCCCUCGGCAGCAGGCUAUGCGCUCAUGGCGGGUGCCCACGGCCUCUGGAUGCUGCUGCUGGGGAGGAUGCUGACGGGCUUCGCUGGGGGGCUCACGGCUGCCUGUAUCCCGGUGUAUGUGUCUGAGAUUGCCCCCCCAGGUGUUCGCGGGGCCCUGGGGGCCACGCCCCAACUCAUGGCAGUGUUUGGAUCCCUGUUCCUCUAUGCCCUUGGCCUGCUGCUGCCGUGGCGCUGGCUGGCUGUGGCCGGGGAGGGGCCUGCGCUCCUCAUGAUCCUGCUGCUCAGCCUCAUGCCCAACUCGCCGCGCUUCCUGCUGUCACGGGGCAGGGACGAGGAGGCCCUGCAGGCUCUGGCCUGGCUGCGCGGGGCCGGAGCUGACGUCCACAGAGAGUUCGAGCAGAUCCAGGACAACGUCCGGAGACAGAGCAGCCAAAUGUCGUGGGCUGAGGCCCGGGACCCCCACAUGUACCGGCCCAUCCUCAUCGCCCUGCUGAUGCGCUUCCUGCAGCAGCUGACAGGCAUCACUCCCGUCCUGGUCUACCUGCAGUCCAUCUUCGACAGCACUGCCGUUCUGCUGCCCCCCCAGGACGAUGCAGCCAUUGUGGGGGCCGUGCGGCUCUUGUCAGUGCUGAUCGCCGCCCUCACCAUGGACCUCGCUGGCCGCAAGGUCCUCCUGUUUGUCUCAGCAGCCAUCAUGUUUGCUGCCAACCUGACGCUGGGGCUGUAUGUCCACUUCGGUCCGAGGCCUCUGACCCCCAAUAGCACCAUGGGCAUCGAGACUGUACCCUUGGGGGGCACCCCCACCAACUACCUCACCCUGGUGCCCCUGCUGGCCACCAUGUUGUUCAUCAUGGGCUACGCCAUGGGCUGGGGGCCCAUCACCUGGCUGCUCAUGUCUGAGAUCCUGCCUCUCCGGGCCCGUGGCAUGGCCUCGGGGCUCUGCGUGCUGGUCAGCUGGCUCACCGCCUUCAUCCUCACCAAGUCCUUCCUGCUGGUGGUGAACGCCUCCGGUCUCCAGGUGCCUUUCUUCUUCUUUGCGGCUGUCUGCUUGGUGAACCUGCUGUUCACGGGCUGCUGUGUGCCUGAGACCAAGGGCCGGUCACUGGAGCAGAUCGAGUCCUUCUUCCGCACCGGGAGGAGGUCCUUCCUGCGCUAAGUCAGGGUCCCUGUCACCGGGUAGCCAGGCCUCUGCGCUGACCACAAACCUGCACCCUGGGACCCAGAGGCAGCAGCAAUCCCUGCCACCAGCCAGAGCCCCAGAGCACCGGUCACAGGCAUGAGGCCCCCCAGAGCGUGCUGUCUGGCUCUGGACAGGCAGCCGCGCUGCCCAGCCACAGUCCCAGCUCAGCGGGCCCGCGGUGUUGCACACACGUCGGCGAAGACCACCAGGGGAGGAGGCAGCCAUGGGCUACAGGAGAGCACGUGGCAUGGUGACCAGAGACAAGGCCUGACUGAGCAACCUCAGGCCCAGCUCCUCACUUGCAUUCACAGGAGGCUGUGGUGAGGACACAGCUGCACCUCAGUCCUGUGUCCACAGGGGUCUUGUGGACAGCACAGGGAACAUUCAGACUUCUAAAGGCCAGGGCACCCAAACCCGUGUGGCCACUUCCUCCUGCCCCAGCCCAUCGCCUGGGAAUGGGGUUCCUGUCUGCAACUGUGUUCACCCUGUUUAUAAAAAUAAACUGGGCCUGCAGCCUCCAA